AUGGGCGACACAGAAGCUUGGGAGAAUUUUGCCGCCGCAACAGCUGCAUGUGCCGCAAGGGGUUUGAUCAGCCGCUACCCUCAGACGGAAAAGUCGCUUGCCGUGGAGUCUAAGAAUCAGAUGGAAAUGGUUUUCAAGAGCCAGGCAGAUAUAGCUUGUCUCAGGGACUUGUACAUCACUAGCCCACCGAACGACAAGAUUCGUAUUGAACAAACCAAAGGCGGUUUACUGCUGGAUGCUUACGCGUGGAUUUUAAAGAAUGAUCAAUAUAAACAAUGGAUUGAGGAUCCAAGCACAUGUCUCUUAUGGAUAAGAGGUGACCCUGGAAAAGGAAAAACGAUGUUGUUAUGCGGCAUUAUCGAUCAACUACAAGGAUCGGAGCUUUCUGGAAACUUGUACUAUUUCUUUUGCCAGGCAACAGAUUCACGUCUGAAUAACGCAUCAUCAAUCUUACGUGGAUUAUUACAUAUGCUUAUCUCGAAGCAGCCGUCUUUGAUAUCAUAUGUCAGGAAUGAGUAUGACAAAUCUGGGAAGUUAAUAUUCGAAGACUCAAAUUCCUGGGUUGUUUUAUCACAGAUUUUUCUCAGAACACUUGAAGAUCCCUCUAUAACAGAUCUUACCUUCAUUAUUGACGCUCUAGAUGAGUGCCUGGGAGAUUUACCGAAUCUUCUCAAGUUAAUAAGGCAAACUUCAUCAUCUUCUCGAAUACGAUGGCUUGUAUCAAGUCGUAAUGAGGCAGAUAUUCAAGAAGUGUUACUGUAUACCGAGAACCGGUCAAUUGUAAACCUUGAGCUUAACGCAGAAUCCGUAUCGGCUGCUAUAAAGACUUACAUCGACCAUAAAGUGGAACUUUUAUCUGGAAAGAAAAGAUAUCAGCAGGACAUGAGAGACUCGAUACGAGAAUAUCUUGCCAAUAAUGCGGAUGGCACUUUUCUUUGGGUCGCAUUGGUCUGCGAGAUGCUUGAAAAAGCUCCAUCUUUUGACCGAAGUCUAGAAUCAGCCAGAUAUCCCCGGGGACUUGAUAACCUUUAUGAGCGCAUGAUAACGAAGGUUUGCAAUGGCGAGUUAGACUGGGGCAGGCGAAUCCUAUCCAUCAAUACUGUUGCGCGCCGACCACUCAGCAUACAAGAGCUUGAAACUUUGACUUUCUAUCCCGAGAGUGUCGACAUCACAGUCGAAUCUCUAGAGAAACGUUGGGAAGAAGCGCUAGGCUAUUGCGGUAAUUUUCUAACUCAAAGAAAAGGCGUCGUAUAUUUCAUCCACCAAUCCGCAAAAGACUUUAUUCUUAAUAAGGCAUCCUACAGGCUGUUUUGCGAGGGCAUGGAACAUGUUAACAAACACAUAUUUAAAAUUUCUAUCUCUGUAAUAAUAUCCACUUUGAAACGCGAUAUUUAUGGCCUGUCUAAACCAGGUUUUCUGACUGGUGACCUCACUAGCCAAGACAUCCCAAGUCCUGACCCACUUGCUCCGGUUGGAUACUGCUGUGUCUAUUGGAUCGAUCAUUUUGAGAAGUCAAUUUUGCUAUCCGGGGAUAGCGAAGGCGAAGAACUCAUAUCUACUUUACUCAGCAAGAAGUAUUUAUACUGGUUAGAGUCUUUAAGUCUUCUUAAAAGUAUGCAUCAGGGUCAGAUUGGAAUGCGUAAAUUGGAAAAGUUAUUGAUUAACACAGAGAGUCCUGGAUUAAAAGAACGGAUCUGGGAUGCUCGCCGAUUUAUUCAAAUGUUCGGUAAAGCUAUAGGAGACGCUCCUUUGCAAGUUUAUAUAUCUGCAUUGCUCUUUAGUCCAGCUGAAAGCAUCACUCGCAAGCAAUUUAGUGCGGAAGCCCCGCAUUGGGUCAAGGAUUUGGGACGUUGA